AUGGCCCUGAGCAAAGGAGGCCUAGCUCUGGUGCUGAUGGUGGCGUGCUGGGUGGUGACCGGCCAUGGCAACCUGGAAGACGUGGAGUCUUCGCCGCCUGGGAACGACACCGAGAGCCUGGGGUGCCCGGCCGUGUGCGUCUGCAGUUACGACGACUACACGGAUGAGCUGAGUGUCUUCUGUAGCGCCCGGAACCUCACACAGCUACCCGCCAGUUUCCCUGAGGCCACCAGGGCCCUGUGGCUGGACCGCAACAAUCUCAGCUGCAUCCCCGAGGCCGCCUUCCGGAACCUCUCGGGCCUGGACUUCCUCAACCUGCAGGGCAGUGGGCUGGGCAGCCUGGAGCCAGGUGCACUGUUGGGCCUGGGCUUGCUCUACCACCUGCACCUGGAACAGAACCAGCUACGCAGCCUGGCGGCCGGCACCUUCACACACACGCCAGGCCUGGCCUCCCUCAGUCUGCAUCACAACCUACUCAGCAGACUGGAGGACGGGCUCUUCGCUGGCCUGCCGCACCUCUGGGCCCUCAACCUGGGCUGGAACAGCCUGGCCGUGCUGCCCGACGCCGCCUUCCGUGGCCUGGCAGGCUUACGCGAGCUGGUGCUGGCUGGCAACCGUCUCAGCUACCUGCAGCCGCCGCUCUUCUGUGGACUGGAUGAGCUACUGGAGCUGGACGUGAGCCGCAACUCGCUGCGCAGCAUCAAGGCCGGCGUCCUGGUCAAGCUGCCCAAGCUCCAGAAGCUCUACCUGCACCACAAUCUCGUAGCCAGCGUGGCACCUGGCGCCUUCCUGGGCCUGCGUGCCCUGCGCUGGCUUGACCUGUCGCACAACCGCGUGGCCAGUCUCUUCGCGGAGACCUUCCCGGGCCUUCUGGGGCUGCGCGUGCUCCGCCUCUCGCACAACGCGCUGACCGGGCUGCGCCCACGCACCUUCAAGGACCUGCACUUCCUGGAGGAGCUGCGGCUCAGCCACAACCGCAUCCGACAGCUGGCGGAGCGCACCUUCCAGGGCCUGGGCCAGCUGGAGGUGCUGACGCUGGACCACAACCAGCUGCAGGAGCUGCGGCCCGGCGCCUUCCUUGGUCUGGCCAAUGUGGCCGUGAUGAACCUCUCGGGGAACUGUUUACAGAACCUGCCCGAGCUCGUCUUCCAGGGCCUGGGCCGCCUGCACAGCUUGCACCUGGAAAGUAGCUGCCUGGGCCGAGUGCGGGCACACACCUUCUCGGGCCUGGCAGGCCUGCGCCGCCUCUUCCUCCGAGACAAUGCCAUCACAGACCUGGAAGAGCACAGCCUACAGGGCCUUCCGGAGCUGCUGGAGCUGGACCUCACGGCCAACCGCCUGGCCCACCUGCCCCACCAGCUCUUCCUCGGCCUUGCCAAACUGGAGUACUUGCUGCUGGCACGCAACCAGCUGGCUGAGCUUGCUCCGGACACGCUCCGGCCCCUGCAGCGCGCCUUCUGGCUGGACCUGGCGCACAACCGCCUGGAGAGCUUGGCCGAGGGAGUCCUGGCGCCGCUAAAGCAGCUGCGCCACCUCAGCCUGUCCAAUAACUCACUGCGCAUCUUUGCAGCGCAGCCUCUGGGCCUAGAGCGUCUGUGGCUCGAGGGUAAUCCCUGGGAUUGCGGCUGCGCACUGCGGGCGCUGUGGGCCUUCGCUCUGCAGAACCCGCGCAUAGUGCCGCGCGCCGUGCAGGCCGCCCUCGAGGGUGACGAGCGCCCCCUGCCUGUGUACACCUACAACAACAUCACCUGCGCCGAGCCACCCCCUGUGGCCGGUCUUGACCUGCGGGACCUGGGCGAGGCCCAUUUUGCUCACUGCUGA